AUGUUGGAAGAUCUACUUGAGAAGAAGGUGAUAGAGCUCCCAGAAUGCAAGCGGCCCGAGGAAAUGCAUCGUGUUAAGGAUUCAAAAUACUGCAAGUACCAUCAGCUCGUUAGUCACCCAGUGGAGAAAUGCUUUGUUUUGAAAGAUUUAAUAAUGAAUCUCGCCAAGCAAGGAAGGAUCGAGCUGGAUGUCGACGAUGUUGCUGAGGUAAACUGCAUUACCAUCGAGUUUGGUUCAUUCGAGCCUGCCUCGUUGCCUCCUCUUCCAAUGAAAGCACCAUAUCAUCUUUCGAGAAAGCCAUGCAUGAAGUCAAAGUUGGAGGAAGUCAAGCCAACCCAACAAGCGAGCCUCGCACCUGUUGCAACCCCUAAAAUUGACUCAGUUGUUGAUGACGAGGGAUUGAUACUUGUCACUCGAAAGAAGGCACGCAAGAGCCCAUCGCCAUGUGUACCUAUCACUCAAGCAAAAUAUAAGCAGUCACAAGAAAAUCGUCAGUGUCUUGAGAAAGAUAAGACAAGAUUUGUUAAAGAAAGGAGCGAUCCUUUUGUUCAAAGACCCAAUGGUGUGGCUUCAUCAACAAAAGCCUUUCCCAAGAAAGGCAACAAACAAGAAAAGGUGAGAACUGCCCACAUGACGACAAGCUAUGAAUUUGGUUCGAAGGAUUCUGCCAAGGCUGAGUCAAGCACGGUCAAUAUGAACCAAACGUCAAAGGAGACUGAGGUGUUGAAGCAGCUAGAAGACCUACCAUUGCACUUUAGCAUCUCUGAUCUACUACAAUUGCCAAAAUCAACAAGAUGUGCUUUGGUACAGGUGUUGAUCAACAUGGGCAAGAACUCCACAGACAUUAACAAGGUGAAACCGAAGGAAUGCGUCAUGUGUGUUGCAGAUUGUGAUGCCAUCCACUUUACGGAUGAAGAUCUUCAGUUGGGCUCUAAGCCGCAUAAUAGACCUCUCUUCGUGUCAAGGUAUGUGCGUGAUCAAAAGAUAAACCGCAUGCAUGUAGACGGAGGGUCCGCUGUAAACAUCAUGCCUAGAUCGACUAUGAAGCAGCUUGGCAUCAACAUGGAGGAGUUGUCCCGAAGCCAUCUCAUGAUUCAAGGCUUCAACCAAAGGGGACAAAGAGCCAUAGGGAUGAUCAGAGUAGAUAUGAUGAUUAGAGAAAUGAAGUCGAAUACUCUAUUUCACGUGAUCGAUGCAAAGACCUCCUACAAUUUAUUGUUAGGACGACCGUGGGUUCACAAAAAUGGUGUUGUCCCCUCCACUCUUCAUCAAUGCUUCAAGUUCUACGAUGGCAGAGGAAAAACAGUAGCAGGUGAUACUAAACCAUUCACUGAAGCUAAAUCUUACUUUGCGGAUUCCAAGUUCUACAUGGAUGAUGAAACAAUAAAGGAAGUUCUCCCAGUUGGAGUACCUUCUACAGGGAAGACUGCAGAGUUGCGUAAUAAGUGGAAUCCAGCAUGGCAAGAAAUUCCACUGAGGAACCACAUAAAGUUUCGUCGGAAACUAAAGUGA